CUUGUUAGCUCUUUAUAUAUUUGUCAUCUGGGUUUCUCUUGCAAUACACAAUGAUCAGUGCCACAGACCUCUACCAUGUCCUUACUGCCGUGGUGCCGCUUUAUGUGGCUAUGAUCUUAGCAUAUGGUUCUGUGAAAUGGUGGAAAAUCUUCAGCCCUGACCAGUGCUCUGGCAUCAAUCGGUUCGUUGCUUUAUUUGCAGUGCCUCUCCUUUCUUUCCAUUUCAUAUCUACCAACAAUCCAUACGCUAUGAACUUGAGGUUCAUUGCAGCGGACACUCUCCAAAAGAUCAUAGUCUUGGUUGUGUUGGCUAUCUGGUCAAGAACUAGCUCAAGAGGUUCCCUGGAAUGGUCCAUCACCUUAUUUUCGCUCUCAACUCUUCCAAACACUCUUGUCAUGGGCAUCCCUUUGUUGAAAGGAAUGUAUGGAGAAUAUUCAGGGAGCUUAAUGGUCCAAAUAGUCGUUCUUCAAUGCAUAAUUUGGUACACGUUGAUGCUCUUUCUCUUUGAAUACAGAGGAGCUAGACUUCUGAUAGCUGAGCAAUUCCCAGAUACUGCUGGCUCUAUCAUUUCCUUCAAAGUUGAUUCUGAUAUCAUUUCCCUGGACGGGAAAGAGCCAUUGCAAACCGAUGCCGAAGUUGGGGAAGACGGGAAACUCCAUGUCACUGUUAGAAAAUCUACUAGUUCUCGCUCGGAAAUUUUUUCUCGCCGAUCACACGGUCCAAACUCAGGCGUCUCUUUAACCCCAAGGCCAUCAAAUUUGACAAAUGCGGAAAUUUACUCCCUCCAAUCAUCAAGAAAUCCUACUCCAAGAGGAUCCAGCUUCAACCACACUGAUUUCUACUCAAUGGUGAAUGGAAAAAACGUAAGCAAUGUGAGUCCAAGACAAUCCAACUUUGGGAACUUGGGUUUCGAUGAAGAGAACGGACUUGGGGUAUUUGGUAAUCCAGGGAGAGCAAAUGGCAAUGCUUAUCCUGCUCCAACUAGUGCUGGAAUCUUCUCUCCAGUGACUGGACCAGGUGCCAAGAAGAAGGCAAAUGGAACUGAUAGUGGCAAGGAUUUGCAUAUGUUUGUUUGGAGUUCAAGCGCUUCUCCUGUAUCAGAAGGUGGGAUUCAUGUUUUCAGGGGAGGAGAGUAUGGGAAUGAUCUUGGUGGGGUAGCUCACCAAAAAGGUAUCAACAUUAACCUUUCAAAGUCGAUUUGGCAAUUUCCAACACUAAACUUUAAGGUUAUUUUCGCAUUUUUGUUUUAUUGGAAUGCUCUGUUUAUUGGGGUAACUGUAUUUGUCUUGUUGAAUGAGAGUUUGGGAUUGGAGAAUGCUUUUUCCCGUUGUGCAUCAAGUGGGGCUGACUAUGAUGAGUAUGGUAGAGAUGAAUUUAGCUUUGGUAAUAAACAACUUACAAGUGGGGUUGACCGUGAAGGACCAGUGCUUUCCAAGCUUGGUUCAAGCUCCACAACUGAACUCCACCCUAAGGGUAGUGCUCACGCCGAAACAAAGCCAACUGCUAUGCCUCCUGCUAGUGUUAUGACUAGACUCAUCCUCAUAAUGGUGUGGCGAAAACUAAUCAGGAAUCCCAAUACUUAUUCGAGUCUGAUUGGCCUCACCUGGUCUCUUGUUUCGUUCAAAUGGGAUAUUGAGAUGCCUGCAAUAAUUGCUCGUUCAAUAUCUAUUCUUUCUGAUGCAGGUCUUGGAAUGGCAAUGUUUAGUCUUGGUUUAUUCAUGGCACUUCAGCCGAGGAUUAUUGCAUGUGGAAACACGAUUGCAGCCUUUGCCAUGGCAGUUCGAUUCCUAACAGGUCCUGCAGUUAUGGCUGCUGCCUCGAUCGCUGUUGGAUUGAGAGGUGUCCUACUACAUAUCGCAAUUGUGCAGGCAGCUCUUCCACAAGGGAUUGUCCCUUUCGUCUUUGCAAAGGAAUACAAUGUUCAUCCUGACAUAUUGAGCACAGGGGUGAUAUUCGGAAUGCUGAUUGCCCUUCCUAUAACACUGGUUUACUACAUCCUGAUGGGACUUUGAAGCAAAAUUACUUUUGGAGUCUUAUAAGGGAAAGAAGACUAGAUACAAUUAGUACACUACCCAUUUGGAAUUUGGGAAGUUUUUGGAUUUCUCUAACAGGGGAAAAUAUGAUUUCAUUUCUGAACUGAUCAUUAGUGAUUAGAGAAAAGAGCACAGAGAUUUCUCUUCACAACCGGUGAUAGCAAAGUGGAAACAUUGACAGCCAUGGGCGCUAGAAAUUUUUUGUUCUCUUUAUGUAUGCUUUUCUCACCCGGAGCCUCGUGCUUUUUGCUUUUGUUAUUUUUGAUGAAAGAAAGUCAGGCAUGUUUGUAGAUCAGCAAAGAUGCCUCUGCGUUUUUCUUUAACCUUUUGUAAGGUCAAAAAGAGAGAUUAAUCCGAUUGGAAUCUCUAUGCAAGAAAAUCCCACGCCCACAGCAAGUAUGUUUGUCUA